CACUACUGUAUAUACUGUGGUUCUAGUGCAGUUUAUUGCAAGAACAGAAAACAGAUCUUUUAUGUUUACCACAGAUUAUGGAAAUGAUUACAUGUUUAUAACGCAUUAAACACUUAAUUAACAUUAAAAUAAAUGAAAACAGCGAAUUGAUUAUGGAAACACAGCCGUUGAAAGUGCCCGAAACAUCUCCACCGCCAUAUGUUAAUUCUGUCGCAACAGCUCCAGCAGUGAAUUCAUCACAAUGGCAACCACCUCCCGGAUACUAUCCUAACAACAUUGAUUCUGGCUAUCAACCUGGUUAUCAAGGAAGCCAUAUUCCAUCAUAUGGCUCUACACAUUCCACUGCAAUCAUUGUUCCAGAAAUUAUUGUAGUUGGCGGCUGUCCAGCAUGUAGAAUAGGAAUAAUGGAAGAUGAUUAUACAUGUCUUGGCUUAUUUUGUGCGAUUUUUUUCUUUCCUGUCGGAAUUAUCUGUUGUCUGCUAUUAAGAACAAAACGCUGUUCAAAUUGUGGAGCUUAUUUUGAUUAAUUAAAAUUGAAUUAUCGCAUGGUCUCAAAGCCCUAAAAGCUGGUUAAAAUAUGAGUGUUUUUCAAUUUAGUUACGAAAUUUGAUAUCUAUAAUGGUUUUCGAGAUCACUGAUUACGAUCGAAUUCGAAAUCAAAUUGCAAA